AUGCAAGCUUGGCAAAGUCUUCCCCUCGGCAAAAGGUUGGGGCGCCAGUUUCUUCGGCAGCUGUUGGAAUGCACCUUCCUACUGCAGAUGUUGGCAUGCAGGUUUCUUCAGCAGAUGUUGGAAUGCAAGUUUUUGGGAGUGCUUCAGCAGAUGGUGCGAUGCAAGUUUCUUCAGCAGACGUGGGAACGCAAGUUUCUUCAGCAGAUGUCGGCAUGCAUGUUUCUUCAGCAGAUGUUGGAAGGCACGUUUCUGGGAGUGCUUCAACAGGCGUUGGAAUGCAAGUUUCUUCAGCAAAUGUGA